CACCCCGCCCCGCCCCGCGCCGCCCCGCGCCGGCUCCGCAGCUCGCGCCUGCCCGGCGCCGGGCCAUGGCGCUGCUGCAGAACGUGUCGCUGCAGGAUCCACGGGACCGCUUCGAGCUGCUGCAGCGCGUGGGGGCCGGGACCUAUGGCGACGUCUACAAGGCCCGCGACACGGUCACGUCCGAACUGGCCGCGGUCAAAAUAGUCAAGCUAGACCCAGGGGACGACAUCAGCUCCCUUCAGCAGGAAAUCACCAUCCUGCGUGAGUGCCGCCACCCCAAUGUGGUGGCCUACAUUGGCAGCUACCUCAGGAAUGACCGCUUGUGGAUCUGCAUGGAGUUCUGCGGAGGGGGGUCCCUGCAGGAGAUUUACCACGCCACCGGGCCCCUGGAGGAGCGGCAGAUUGCCUAUGUCUGUCGAGAGGCACUGAAGGGGCUCCACCACUUGCAUUCUCAGGGGAAGAUCCACAGAGACAUCAAGGGAGCCAACCUUCUCCUCACCCUCCAGGGAGAUGUCAAGCUGGCUGACUUCGGGGUGUCAGGCGAGCUGACAGCGUCUGUGGCCAAGAGGAGGUCUUUCAUUGGGACUCCAUACUGGAUGGCCCCAGAGGUGGCCGCUGUGGAGCGCAAAGGUGGCUACAAUGAGCUGUGUGACGUCUGGGCCCUGGGCAUCACUGCCAUUGAGCUGGGCGAGCUGCAGCCACCUCUCUUCCACCUGCAUCCCAUGAGGGCCUUGAUGCUCAUGUCUAAGAGCAGCUUCCAGCCGCCAAAGCUGAGAGACAAGACUCGCUGGACCCAGAAUUUCCAUCACUUCCUCAAGCUUGCCUUGACCAAGAAUCCCAAGAAGAGACCGACAGCAGAGAAGCUUCUGCAGCACCCCUUCACGACCCAGCACCUGCCUCGGGCUCUCCUCACACAGCUGUUGGACAAGGCCAACGAUCCCCACCUGGGAACCCCCUCUCCAGAAGACUGUGACCUGGAGACUUAUGACAUAUUUCCGGACACCAUUCACUCCCGGGGGCAGCAUGGCCCAGCCGAGAGGACCCCCUCGGAGAUCCAGUUUCACCAGGUGAAAUUCGGCGCCCCACGCAGGAAGGAAACAGACCCACUGAAUGAGCCGUGGGAAGAGGAGUGGACGCUGCUGGGGAAGGAGGAGCUGAGUGGGAGCCUGCUGCAGUCAGUCCAGGAGGCCCUGGAGGAAAGGAGCCUGACCAUCCGGCCGGCCUUGGAACUCCAGGAGCUGGACUCUCCAGAUGACACCAUAGGAACCAUCAAGAGGGCCCCGUUCUUGGGGUCAUCUCCCACUGAGCCUCCAGCCGAGGACCUUCACCCCAGCCUCGCAGGAACCCCACUCCUGCCGCACCCAGGCCCCACCAGCCCUCCCCUGCUCCCCACUGCCUGGGCCACCAUGAAGCACCGGGAAGAUCCUGAGAGGUCAUCCUGCCACGGGCUCCCCCCGACCCCCAAGGUGCACAUGGGCGCCUGCUUCUCCAAGGUCUUCAAUGGCUGCCCCCUGCGGAUCCAUGCUGCUAUCACCUGGAUUCACCCUGUCACCCGGGACCAGUUCCUGGUGGUGGGAGCCGAGGAGGGCAUCUAUACCCUCAACCUGCACGAACUGCAUGAGGAUACACUGGAGAAGCUGAUUUCGCACCGCUGCGCCUGGCUCUACUGCGUGAACAACGUGCUCCUGUCCCUCUCAGGGAAGUCCACGCACAUCUGGGCCCACGACCUCCCAGGCCUGUUUGAGCAGCGGCGGCUACAGCAGCAGGUCCCCCUCUCCAUCCCCACCAACCGCCUCACCCAGCGCAUCAUCCCCAGGCGCUUUGCCCUGUCCAACAAGAUUCCUGACACCAAAGGCUGCCUGCAGUGUCGUGUGGUGCGGAACCCCCACACGGGCAGCACCUUCCUGCUGGCCGCGCUCCCCUCCAGCCUGCUCCUGCUGCAGUGGUACGAGCCGUUGCAGAAGUUCCUGCUGCUGAAGAACUUCUCCAGCCCCUUGCCCAGCCCAGCAGGGAUGCUGGAACCGCUGGUACUGGACGGGAAGGAGCUCCCGCAGGUGUGUGUAGGGGCCGAGGGCCCUGAGGGGCCCGGCUGCCGCGUCCUGUUCCACGUCCUACCACUGGAGGCUGGCCUGACGCCGGACAUCCUCAUCCCACCCGGAUGCUCCUGUGGCGAAGGCUGCCUAACAACCCACCCCCCGCCUCGUGUCUUCCUCUCGGAGCCAGAGCGGGGCUGGUGGUCAGCCAGGCUGUGUCUCCCUUCUCUAACUGCAGAGGGGUUCCCGGGCUCGGCCCAGCAGGUGAUCCAGGUGGACAGGGACACAGUCCUGGUCUGCUUUGACCGCUGCGUGAGGAUUGUCAACCUGCUGGGCGAGCCCACGGCCACGCUGGCGCCAGUGCUGACCUUUGACUUCCCCAUUGAGACUGUGGUGUGCCUACAGGACAGCGUGCUGGCCUUCUGGAGCCAUGGGAUGCAGGGCCGCAGCCUGGACACCAAUGAGGUGACCCAGGAGAUCACAGAUGAGACGAGGAUCUUCCGAGUGCUCGGCGCCCACAGAGACAUCAUCCUUGAGAGCAUUCCCACCGACAAGCCCGGGGCUCACAGCAACCUCUACAUUCUCACAGGCCACCAGAGCAGUUACUGAGCAGGCCACCUAGCUGGCUUGGCCAGGGGUGCCCCUGUCCGCCCCACGCGGCAGUUGUUUCAGGCAGGGGGCCCCUCCAAGAUCAGAGGAGCUCAGGCCCUGGUUCUGCUGGUCUGAAAGGGCAGAAAUCCUGAGAAGAGUCUGGGGGCUCUGAGAAGGGAGGGGCCCGCAGCCCACACCUCCACAAUUAACUGGACCAGAAGAAGCUGCUGUCAUAUCCCCCUCCCAAGCGGGCAGCUGGUCCCUGGAGCACUGUGGCAGGGCCCUGGGCAGUUUGGGGGCAGCCCGGGGCUAUCCAUUCCAUUUUGUUCCACUUUUCCUUUCCACUCAUCCUGCCAAGAGCCUGCCCCUGCGCUCCAUCCUGGGGAACAUGGUAUUUAAAAGAGAGACUAUAUUGGCAUUAAAGCUGGUUUGAUUUUA